GCCUAGCAGCUUUACCCAUCUCUCCCUCUGCACAUUACUCAGUCACUCAACAAAUAUACUUGUGACUGGUGACAGUGAGCAAAAACUUCUGGGAAAUCAUUCAGAAAAGGAAGAUAAAAACUCAGUAGCUGGCAUCUUUAUAGCAUUUUUCCAGUCUGGAUUUGCAGACAAUAUAACCUAAGCCUCAGGCUGUUUCUGUGAAGUAAAAAUGGGCACUUAUGCCCAUUUUAUAGAUAAGGAAGCUGGUAAAACUGAUUUGUCCUAAGGGAACAGGAGACAGAGCUAGGUGGACGGCCUCCUCUGCCUGCCUCCUGUCUUUUUUUUUAAGCCACCCUGUUCUUACAGGAACAUUUCUGUGAGGCAAAUGGUUUUUCACUGCCAACAGCUAUACAAACAUACUUUCAACACCCCGUACUUGAAAUCCUCUGGCACAGUUUGUAUCCACAUGCAAAGUCAAUGACUGGGAGACCAGGUCUCCAGCUGAAUCUAAAUGCUAAGUUAUUCAGCAUUGUAGACACACAGUAAUGACACCAGUCAGUAAUGAAUGAGGAGAGAUAGCCAAAAAAAGUGGGAAUAUGGUGUAAGGCAAUGCCACUAAGGUUUAUAUACAGACAUAUUUUUAAUAUCUUGGCCUGUCUUCAAGGCAGCUUCCUGCUGAGUCGUGUGUGGGCUUCCAGCUGUCAUGUGGAAUAUGUUUGUUGCAUUAGUCAUGCAGAGGAGGCACCUAUUUCUUAGAAACUGAAAGAACAGGCUUAGCAGAAUGACUAAUGUGUCUUUGCAGAAACUUCCCAAAUACUCUGUGAGAUGGGCACUCGUGCGGCUCCUGAACUAAUGCCAGGGAAAAGAGAAGAGUGAUAAGUGAGGCUGUGAACUUCAUACGAUAUUCAGAGACCGGUACUGUUAGUACUGGUGUCUGGGUAUUCUUUGCUAAUGCUGGGGGUGCUCCUGAAAAACCUACAGAAACUUCUGGCUUAGACCUCAAUUUUCUCCGGCUCAAGGCAAUGGAAAAUGUCAGCAGAGAUCAGAGGGAGACAUAGUUUGAGAAUAUUGGAGAAAAAGAGAGAGACAUAGACUCUGGAGUCAUCACUGAUACUGCAACAGCAUCAUCAAUGGAUUUGGGGCUUGUCACUGUUCCUACCAUGACAGCUGUGUUUUACUGCCUAAUGCCUGAACUACCCUGCUGAAAAGGUUGAGGGUUGCACAUUAAUAUCAUCAUGACAAAUGAAGAGUACAUUAUCACUUGGUGGGGAAGAGGAGGCUGGGAAGGUGGUCUAAGCACAGCAGUGGGUUAUCCGCUGGACACAGUGAAGGUGAGAAUUCAGACUGAGAGGCAUUACAAUGGGAUUUGGCACUGCAUUCAGGAAACAUACAGGACAGAAAAAGUUUGGGGAUUUUACAAAGGUGUGUCUGCAUCAGUUCUCACAGUAUCGGUGAUUUCUUCUGUUUCAUUUGGCACGUACAAAAACUUCCUUUGUACCAUCUGCAAGCUGCGAUACGGGGCUGCAGACGCGAAGCCAUCCAAGCUGGAUGUUUCUCUUGCCGGAGGUGCUGCUGGUGCUGUCCGGGUUGUGUUGAUGACCCCUAGUGAAGUGGCUAAGGUUCGCAUGCAGACUCAGAGGAACCCACAUCCUUCCGUCGCAUCUCCCCAGCCUGUUUCCAAGCCAAAGUACCGAGGGUCUCUGCACUGUCUGAAGGUGAUCGCCAAGGAAGAAGGUUUUGGGGGUCUCUACAAGGGCUGCUCUGCAUUACUUUGCAGAGAUUGCUCUUCUUCUGCAAUAUAUUUCCUUACCUAUUCUGCUCUGUGUGACUGGCUCACACCAGCUGGGAAAAAUAAGCCAGGUUUCCUCGUUGUGCUGCUUUCUGGUGGUUUCGCUGGAGUCCUGGCCUGGGGAUUAGCUACUCCCAUGGAUGUCAUCAAAUCACGGAUGCAAACAGAUGAAUCAGACCAGCACAAGUACAAAGGCCUUGUCCACUGUGCUAGGGAAAGUGUGAGAAAGGAGGGUGCAAAAGUGCUUUUCAAAGGACUGGGUUUAAACUGCAUUCGUGCCUUUCCUGUGAACAUGGUGGUGUUUGUAACGUAUGAAGCUGUACUGAGAUUUACAGAUCAUUGUACAAACAAAAAAUAGCUUGUGCCAUUCUGUUCAGAGGCGUAUUUUGUUUAGUUUGUUUUUUUGUAACACAACAUCCACAAACAACUGCUGAACACUCCUUUGAUGGACAGAGUAAGAAGCAUGGACAUUUCAGCACAAAGCUGGAUGACUGACAGCUUUGUUUUAUUCUUAUAGGAUUACAAACUCAUCAGGGAGUCUUGGACUUUUACAUACAACCUCCCUUUUAUCUCAUUAAUGUAUUUAGACUGUAGCCACUGCUUAGGCCCUUGAAACAUUUGCAAAUAAUUAUGUUCUAAAAAGCUGCUAGUCUGAUCCUUUUGGUAAAGGAUUCAUUUUGUUUUCUACUGGCACAGAAAGCAAUCUUCACAAUGAAGGCAAGAGCUGGGGGGGAGUUUGUGUAAGACCUAACACUAUCCAGUGUGCCCUUUACACGUAAUGCUCGUAUUGCAUUCACCGAGUAACUAACUUAUGUAUUUGUGCUUCAGGCUGCAACUUUUCCUUCCCUGCUGUAAUUUUCCCAAAGUACUCUACAAUUAUAUCCCUUUGGUAGCA